AUGAGACUUGAGUUGCUAGUAUUAUUUUUUACUUGUUUAAAAUCUAGUAAUGACGUAUAUAACAAUUUAUUAGAUAGUGUCAAACAGAAGAUUAUGGAUAAAGACUAUUUUUUGGUUGAUUCGGAAAAAGUACAUUACUUAAAAACAUAUUAUGUUUAUGAAAAAAAGAUUAUUUUUAAAGAAAAUGAAAUAAAUAGAAGAGGUGGAGGCGGCUUAUUUAUUAUCAAAGGUGGUGAUGCUGAAUAUAAUACAGCAGAUGAAGCAAUUCAAGAAAUUUGUGAUAAUUAUCUUUUAAACAUUUCUGAUGAACCGCAGGGAUUAAUAGUUUUUCAUAGGCUUUGUAUUUUUACAUCUAAAGAAGAUGUCAAGUUGAAUCUUAGAAAUUUUUUUUAUAAUGAGGUUGAAUCAAGCUUUGUUGUUAAACAUUAUGAUGAUGACAAACAAAGACAAAUUAAAGAGCUUUGUUUAUGUUUUUCUAGAGACAAAAUGAUAAAUAUUAACCUCUGCUUGUCAUCUGAAGGCCAAAAUAUUAGCGGAACUAUUAGAUGCUUUGAAGAAAAAGACAAGAUGAAAAUUUUUUUUCCUUUAAAAUUAAGAAAUUUAAUGUUUUUUUUAAAAAUUGACGUUAGCAAUUUAAGUACUAUAAAGGAACGAUAUACAAAUGAAUUAGUAAAAAUUCAUAAAGAUGUCGGUAAGAGUGGUAACAGUACAGAUGUAUGCGCUGCAAUUACUAAAAUCUUUACAUUUUCUGAUUUUCUGUUACAUCCUAAAUUAUUAAAUGAUGUCAACAGUGCUAAGAAAAAAAAAUCUAGACAAGUUUUGUUUAAAAAUUUUGAAAAGAAUUUUUUUAGAAUUGUAUAUCUAAAAGAGGCUAUAUAUUUUAACACCUUAAAUAUGCGAUUUUUUUAUUUUAAUAAAAAUCCUUCAGAGCCCGAGGAAAAUUGUCAAUACAUAAGCAUCUCUGAAAAAAUAUACAACGAUUGCAUUGAGAUUUGGAAUUUGUAUACAAAGGCAAAACAUAUUGAUAUUGCUAAAUACAAAAUUAUUUUUCAUAAACUUAAAGAUGAAAUUCUGCUAAUUUCUUUUUUAUAUAAAAUUUGUGAUAACCCGAAUUCUGCUUCACAUAUUAUAUUAAUGCAUUUAUUAGGCCAUUAUAAUAUUUUAGACGUUGAAGAAAUCAUUUCUCUUACAAAAGAUACGAAUAGCAUUGAUAUAUUGCCUAUUAAAGCGAAACUUUCUAAGAUUCAUUUCAUGAUGACGCCUAUGUGUGAGGAAGUUAAUAAUUUGCUAUACAUUCUUAUUUAUUAUAAAGCUGAGAAGUAUUUUAAAAAUUAUAAAAAGAAAAAACUUGUACAUAUUGAAUUAUUAAAUAAUAUACAAGAGUUUUCUAAUUUAUAUUUAGGUCAUAAUAACAUGACUUUAAAAGGUUUUUACCGCAACUUAGUUAAAAAUCGGCAGUCUAUAAUUUCGUCAGGUGAAGAAACGUUAUUACAAUUAUUUCAAAGUAUAUCACUACUAACUAAUUUAAACGUUAAAUGCAGCAUAGGAGGAAAGGAUGUUUCUUUUGACAAAGAAAAUGCAAGGAUAAUGUUUCAAGAGUUGGGAAUUGAUGAUCCCGAUAAUUUGGAAAAUUACGUUGAGGAAUUAGGAAGUUUCUUUUAA